CUUUCCUUACUCUCCAUCGUCAUCUUACAUAGGCAUCCCAUCUACCGGUCUUGAGAUCACUUCAACCAUGCCAGCACCAUCCGAGUUUCUUUCGUACGUUGACAAGAACGAAGAGAAGUUCAUUCAACGUCUCUCAGAUGCUGUGGAAAUCCCGAGUAUCUCAGGAGACACAGCUCGCCGCCAGGACGUCGUCCGUAUGGCCAAUUUUCUUGAGAACCAGCUCAAAUCAUACGGCGUAGAGACCAAACAAGUGCCUCUUGGGAAACAUGUCAUGGAUGGACAAGAACUCGAACUCCCUCCUGCGAUUCUGGGGCGAAUCGGGAAUGACCCGAACAAGAAGACUAUCCUUUUGUACGGUCACUUUGACGUUCAGCCCGCAGAGCUCUCUGAUGGCUGGUCAUACCCACCCUUCAAGCUCACACGCGACGAAAAAACCGGUCGUCUUUAUGGUCGUGGAUCUUCUGACGACAAGGGCCCUGUUCUUGGAUGGGUGAACGUCCUUCAGGCACAUCAUGAACUCAACAUCCCACUCCCCGUCAACCUGCGAUUCUGCUUUGAGGGGAUGGAGGAGAGUGGAAGUGAAGGUCUUGAUGACCUCAUCAUUGCCGAGGUCAAGAAGGGAAAGGAUGGAUGGUUCGACGGUGUCGACUGUGUCUGCAUCUCCGACAACUACUGGCUCAAUACUCGCACGCCCUGUCUUACCUAUGGCCUUCGCGGUUUGACCUACAUCAAACUGACCGUCCAGGGUCCUGCAAAGGAUCUCCAUUCUGGUGUGUUCGGUCGCACCGUCCAUGAGCCCAUGACGGACCUUGUCCUUCUUAUGAGCAAGCUUGUGGACACCAAGGGUAAUAUCCUCAUCCCCGGCGUUGACGAGAUGGUCCCCCCGCCGGAGGAGGAAGAGAAGGCUAUCUACGAGAAGCUCGACUACUCCAUUCAGGACGUCGAGGAGUCCGCCGGUGCUUCCAUUGCCCUCAGCUCCGAGAAGUCAGACGUACUCAUGGGCCGCAUGCGCUAUCCCUCCCUUUCCCUUCACGGUAUUGAGGGCGCUUUCUCCGGUGCUGGUGCUAAGACCGUAAUUCCCGCCAAAGUGUCAGGCAAAUUCAGUAUCCGUCUCGUACCGCCACAGACGCCCGACUUGGUGAACCCGCUGGUGCUCAAGUAUGUCGAAGAAGAGUUCAAGAAACUUGGGACGAAGAACAAGCUCACGAUAGAGGAGUUGCACGGCGGCAAGCCGUGGGUUGAGGACCACAAGCACUGGAACUACGAAGCUGCCAAGAAGGCAACAGAGCUCAUCUACAACCAAACCCCUGAUCUCACUAGGGAGGGUGGUUCCAUCCCCGUCACGUUGACCUUUGCGGAGUCACUCGGUGUGAACGUCCUUCUUCUGCCGAUGGGCAGAGGCGACGAUGGUGCUCACUCUACUAACGAGAAGCUCGACAAGUCGAACUUCAUCGAGGGCACUAAGCUUCUCGGAACCUACCUCUACGAGAUCGCCGCUAUCACCAAAUAGAGAAAGGCUUCUCAUGCGAAUACAGCGAAGACCGUGGACAGAAUGAAAUGGGCACGUUUGUAGGGAUAUUUUUCGAAGAUGUUUGUUGUAUCCACACUGAAUCCGAAAAACUGUAUGUAUGUGAGUGCGUUGUUUAUAAACAGUGAAUGGACCAUGGGCCCUGCCGACACUGAUUCUCAUUUCUGGGCUGUGGCUCGUCGCAAUCGGGUGGAGGAGAUGACCAGCUGCUGUCCGUUCGAAUACAUCUUGCCAUCCUCCCACACAUUUCCUGACCGUCACCCUUCUCGUGUCAUCAUUGUCCAUUAUGGCUGGCUCACCUACAGGCUCGCAUUCGCCAGCGAUUACAUUUCACCUCUGCUACUACAGCCGCUCUACUUCAAUACGCCUCUGAGAAUAAAAUUUUGGAGACGGGCGAGACGUCUGAAAACGCAGAAGUCGCAAGAAGAAGUUCUGUGGAAAGUGGAGCUUUCUUUUAGUCCUAUCGUUCUUAUAUGUUAUUUUCUGUCUUUUCCGGAUCGUGAGUGAAUUUAAGCUACGCACUCUCUACCAUCGCC